AUGACCCAAGCAACACACAUCUCUGACUCUUCGCCAUCGGCGACGGCUCCGCAGCCUGCGUGGACAGUGGAGCAGGUGUACGCCAUUCUGCGGAAGCAUGAGUCCCUUUGCAACCGCAUUCUCCUCCUCUCCUCCGCGCCCCUGAGCAUGGGACUUGUGGCAUCUCCCCGGCCUGCAGCUGUGGAGACCGCCGUGGAGAGCCUUGACACCGUGUCUCACAGCCCCCAUCACGUGUCCACUCGACGCGGCCCCCGCGCGAAUGCCGCGGCGGUGCGAGAUAUUCGAGUGCUGCUGGACCGCCUCUCGCAGGCCCCUCAACGACUGGGUGCACUCCACGAAAAGCAACGCCGCCGUCUCGUGACCAAGGUGUGCUGUCUUGGGUACGCUGUAGGCCUGUAUAGUCGGUGCUGUGCACUCUAUGCGGACACGGUGCUGCUUGCGCGCGGCGUCAGCGACGGCGGUCGUAACAGAGAGCCAGGCGCCCUGCCGGAGUCAUCUCCCUCCCACGAGCACGCCCUCAGAUCCUCGGAGGCGUUGUUGCCCACCGUAGCCGUCGGGGCUCCUUCUUCCGUUCCCGACUUCAUUAUCGACGCAGCCGGUAAAGCGGCUGACUUGACGACGCUGCGUCUGUGCUGCCCCCACGACGCACACGCAUCGCCAACAGAGGCGAGCGCUGCUGCAUCCCCGAUCUCGGUUACAGCACUGCAUGUGUAUGCGCAGUGCGUGGGUGUUCUUCUCCGCCACGGUUGGGGAGGUUGCCUGGCAUCAACAGCGACAGAUAUGGGCGUGCGCACCGCCGUUGCAGACGGAGGGGUGUCACAUGAGAGCCGUGAUGCUGAUGAAGGUAUUCCAGCAGACCCAGUCAUCAUCAGCUCCACCGCAGUGACACGCAAUGCAACAACUGCGGCGGCGGCCGUUGCCUCACUGACGACAAGGACGCCCUCGACCAUCGCUCCCGCGGAGGCCUCUGGAGAGCAGGCCUGGCGUGACUUUGCUUUGACGGUGCUGCGGCACCUCCGCAUCGACGACGCCGACGCAGCAGACUUUCUCCACACGUCCCUGCGGAGAGCAAGCUACCGCUACGUGGACACGGGCGGGGACUGGGCCGCCGCCCAAUCCUCCGUCUACGCCCAGAUCUUCCGCUACUGGCUCGCAGAAGAGGAAGCAGCGGCGAACACUCUCUUGGCUCCCCAGGGACUGCCACAACACGACAGCGAAGUCGAUGGCGCGGCGGACGGCGAGCGCCGGCACAUUUCCGUGAGAACGACGUCUUCCGAAAAGCUGCGCGUAUCCGCUCCUGUGCUGCUUACUGUUCCCGCCCUCCUGACGCUGCUGCGCACCGCUGUGGUGGCGCACCAGCACGACAUCGCGGAGUGGGCCACGCUGUGCGUUGAUGCGUGUCUGGAAGAGUGGACACGUGCUUCCAAGGUGGCCGCCGCAGGCGCGAGCAAGGGCAGGCAACAUGAUGGGUUCGACACCGCUGCUCAUCGCAUUGCCGCUCCACUGCCUCCCAUGGACAACCCCUCUGCGCAAUCGCUGCCGCAGCUCGACAUACUACUCGCCUGGUACCUUCGGCACCUACAACAGUCGAGUCAGCGCCCACGAGCCGUUCGCUGGCUGUCCCGUCUUCGCCGACGUCAACCCACCGUGCCAAUCCUCUCUAGUGCGCUGGCGACGCUGUCCGUUGCUCGCGAGGCGGCCCGGCUUGCCGGCGACGAGCUCAACGCCGAACUGGCGAUGUGGUGCCUGCAGCUCUGUCUGGGCGACACCACACCCGCCCUCUCCCCUGGGCAUGCUGACAUCUUUCAGUGCCUCUGCGCCUACGCCCGCUGCGGGCUGCCAAACUUCGAUAUGGUGCUGCAGUCCUUGCGCAUGAACCAGCUGCUGGCGCCGACGCCGGAGGAGGCGCUCUUUCUGCGCCUCCUGCACGCCCGCCGCUCCGUCAACUGGCGCACCGAGUGGGAGCACUGCGUGGCUCCCUACAUCGUGGAGGAGGAGGAGGGGGAUGAAUUAAAGAAGCCAGAUGGAGAAGGGGUCGACGUGAAGGUCAACGGUGAGACACAAGGCGGCGUCCGCGCAACCAGGCGGCCUCCGUCGCGGAGAGUCACGCUGCGAAUGGUUGAACCUGCGGAGUCGCGCGAGGGUACACCGUCAACUUCGCCGAUGUGCACGGGUGUGGACGAGUCGCUGGAGGAGAGCGGCGGCGGUCGCGUGCCAUCGAGUGAGUCACGGGUCUCCUCUACACGCCGGCACACGGCACUCUCCUCGGUGUUCUCCUCUCGGGUCAUCUAUCAGCUCCUCCUGAUCCUGCAGGAAGGUGAGCAUCCUGCCUUCAUGUCCUACUAUCGCACCCUCUUGCUCACCUUCAGCGAGCACGUCACUCCGCAAGAUCGCGCGCGGUGGGUGGUGCUGGCGCUCAUGUGGGCCAUCCAGCUCCACGGCAGCGCGCGGAGCGAGGACGUGGUGUAUAUUGCGCGAGAGGUGGAGCAACUCACAGAGUUGCAGCGGACGCACACCCACGCCGCCACCGCGUCAUCUCUCCCCCUCUCCCCGGAGGUCUGGCACAGCCUCAGUCGCAAAUGGACGACGCUCUACCAGCAGUACCCCCUGUCCCUAUGGCACCGUGCCGCAGCGGCGGGGGCAGACAGUGGAAGUGACACGCGGCACGGCUCUCCGCUGCGUCAACUCCAAUGCACACCGAGCUCAGGGAUCUUGGCAACCACACCGGCGCUCACACGCUUUGCGAAACGGCGGCAUCUGCUACCGUCCGCCGUGGUCUCCGCGACGGAGCUGCUGCGCACGUCUCGGCGCGUCAGUGCUGAAGUGACGGUCGCGGGAAGGUACAGUAGCGGUGAUGCAGCCGUGGCGCACUGGCCCCCGCAAGAAGAUGUGAAGUUUGAGUUGUGGGCAAACUACGUGGAGGCCGUGCGGCGGUUCUAG